AUGAAGGCAGAAGAUUUUUGGUCCGGUGGUUCAGUGAUGGCAGACCCGUUAAGAGGGGGGAACGACCAUCGAUCCUCUGUCCUUCUUGAAUCUGUCGCCAACAAUAAACCGAGAAACACUGAGAUGGAUAUUCUUAGUCAAACUUCCAAUACAUCUUCUUUUCCAAUGGAUCAUUCAAGAAAGAAGAAAACAAGAAGCAGACAUGAUGCACCAAAGAAAGUGGCUGCAACAAUUGCCAAGUGGAGGAAGGCAGAAAGAAAACGACAACAGGGGUGUUUGGGUUUCUUUGUGUGUCGUAAAAGAGUAGGAGAAUACAAAGGGGGCUGUUGUCCUUGGCUCGCCGGAAACCACCAACAAACACCUCUGGUGGGGGUGUUUUUGUUGCACCUCGAAGACAUGCGAAAAAGAAGUGAGUGUGAGAGGAAAUGGAAGAAUGAAAAUUUGUAUUUAUCUAUGAAUAGCAGUGCAUUCAUGUGUGAAUAA